AUGACCGAGCUACCACCACGAGACACCCUGAAGCGAUACCUAGAACUCUAUCAAGAGUCACCACUUUCGAGCAUUUUUCCCAUUGCAGAUCCAGUUUUGUUUCCGAUGACCGUUGAAAGAGCCUAUGGGCAGAACAUAUCUAAGUCCGACAGCAAUGUAGCCGCCAAGGCAUGCAUCUACGCGUUCCUGGCAUUUACGUCGAUGAUCGAGAACCCUGAAAGGAAAUUGCCCGCUGUCGACAUCGCUGGAUGUUUAACAGCAUCAAGCCAAAUGCUUCUACCUGAUGUUUUGAACGCACAAGCCAGUACUGAGGUAAUCGACACUUUGAUAAUGAUUGCCGUCUAUCAUUUCUGUUGUGGAAAGAUACACACGGUAGAUGUUAUCCUGUCUCUUGCUGUACGAUUCCUAUUCAUGCUGGGUGGGCACCUGUACCCUGGAGAAGAUGUCGACAAGAUGCCCUCGGAAUCACACACCAUCGACAUCCGGACAGCUCUUCAUCGGCGCGAUAUAUUCUGGAUCUGCUACUCGAUCGACAGGGAAAUCACCUUCCGCACAGGGCGUCCUCCCAUAAUAAACGACACAUCCUGCGAUGUCACAUUACCCAAGUAUUACUUGGAGCAAACGACACCAGAAUUCGCAGGAGUGCCCCGGAUACCCGGGGAUCUUCGCCUCAGCCUGAUUAAAUCCAAAGCUUAUGAAAAACUCUACUCGCCACAUGCCCUCCGGAAAUCAGACGCCGAGCUCCUCAAAGACAUUCGUGAGCUGGAUCAUCUGUUGGAAACCUGGAGACAAUCACUGCCUCCGAAGACCCGACCUACGUUUUCAUUCUCGCAGGAACUCCCAAAUAUAUCUCCGGAGCGUGAUGAGCCCAACAUCCCUGCUUUCCUGCUCCGGCUCGAGUACCACCACUGCAUGACGACAAUUCAUCAAGCGAGUAGCCGCUGCAAGAACUGGGCUGAAAAUCAACGGGUCAGUGAGGCUCUUGGAUCAAGCUUGGAUCUCGCCCUGGAAUCAAGCCGUUCUUUGUUGUUAUAUCUUCACUCUUCCGAACGUUUUAUGAUGCCCCAUCUUUUCUGGGUCAUAAUAUUUUACCCAGUAUCAGCGACAUUGACCAUAUUCUGCAAUAUCCUUCUCAACCCUGUGAGCGCUGCUGCGAUAUCCGAUCUUAACCUUUUGAGAGAUGUUUGCAAAUAUGUCCGGCUCGCUGAAAGCAAUAAAAAUUUAUCAGGCAUACAACUCGGACAUCUGAAGCAGAUGAAGGAGUUCAGUGACGAAUUGGAACAGCUGGCCACGAGUGUCGUGCUCCAGAGUCGACAGGAUGUGGCCUGA